AUGAACAACACAUCGACAGAGGCCCGCGUGAUUUUUUAUCGCAUCGCGCGCUUCCGUAAGCUGCCUAUCCACCUUGUAAUUGUCUUCGACGGAGAGGGCCGCCCGUCGAUCAAGCGAGGCAUUAAGGUUUGCACAAAGGCUCACGCUCUGGCCAGGUCAUUCCAGGAUAUGAUUAUGAGCUGUGGUUAUGACUUCCAUAUCGCCCCGGCUGAGGCAGAAGCAGAUCCUAAUGUCAAAGAAGAUGGGGACGAUGUGAAGAUAUACACUGCCGACGCCAUCCGGUCGGCCCUAUCCCUCACAGCCGGUAUUUUGUUGCUUGCAACUCUUUGUGGAGGUAACUAUGAUUGCGUGGUUGGACUGCGAGGUUUCGGUAUGGGAACAGCACUGUCCCUUUCCCGCGCUGGUAUGGGAGACGAUGUGCUUCACGCUGCACGCACCUGCACACCACUCGAGCUAGAAAACUUUCUCGAGAAAUGGCGCCACCGAUUGCACAUGACUCUUCAGUACAAUGACGCUGGCCACCUUUCCCGACGCUACAGCAUUCUGUCCAGCAGUACCCCUGACACCUUCAAACUCUUAUGCUUUAUGCUGAACAUGUCACGUCGUGGACCGCUGGUCAGAAUCCGCCUAAACGGUUGGGGGGUUGUUCACCUGGGGUACUUUGGAAGGAGUCAUGUCCUGUUUCAGGAACAUGUUUGGCCUGGGACGGCUCUAUAUGGGCUGGUCGAGAACUCUAACAUUGGCAUCGCCACUGCACCCGCUGCACACCUCUCAGGUACCAUUGCGGAGGCAGAAAGCCUUCGGGGUCUUCGAACCUGCAAGACAUCUGUCCCGAAGAAAGGGGAGGUCUUGCCUGGGAAGGUGUUGGUCUGGAUUCCGCGUUGUCUUCUCGAACAAGCCCUGCCGCUUCUUGUUGCGACUUACGAGAAAUCAUAG